AUUUCGAUUGUGUUGGUACGUGAGAGAAGCGAGCAAAAGCGCAUAAGCCAUCAGAAGCCCAUUGCUGGUAAAAUUUUGUCCUAUUUUAUUCGCUUUUAUAUUGUUCCGCCGGUUGCCGGAAGAGUAAUCGAACUUUUGAGCUAGUAAAGUAGUUUCCCAAGCAAGAAAAAGCAACCAUGGUAGCGACUAAGAAGUCCUUCAACGUCGGUGAUUUGGUAUUUGCCAAAGUUAAAGGUUACCCGCCCUGGCCAGCUAAGAUUACCAAAAUUGAGAAAAACAAGUACAAUGUGUAUUUUUACGGCACAGGAGAAACCGCCAAUAUUAAACUGGAGGAUUUGUUUAUCUAUCGUGAUACGAAAGAAAAAUAUGCCACUGAGAAGAUUAUGAAACGCAAAGGAUUCAAAGAAGCCAUCAUUCAAAUCGAGUCCGCUUUGAAUGGCGAAGAUCCUAGUCCGAUUGCGCUCGUUGGUCAGUCCUCUUCGCUACCGGCAAAUGAAUCAAAACCGGAAAGUUAUUUAAACACGACCGAGGCUAGCUUCAACGCUUCCCGUAUAUCGGCCAAUUCCACCGUGCUUGAUACAUCUAUAAAAACGGAAAAGGAUGAGUCCCAUAAUGGUGAAAAGCCUUUCAAGAAUGUAAGCGUUAGUAACAAACCUGUCAAGGAAGAAGGUAAGAAACAAAUUAAAAAAGAGGCACUUGACACUACCGAAACUAUAUCGGUGAAUAAGCGGAGUAUUGGAGAUGAAAAACAAGUUAAAGACGAACCGGUUCAGUCCAGUCCUGUCAAAGAACAACCGGAAGUCAUCAGUCGCAGUGGACGCAAAAUCAAACCGAAACGGUUUCUAGACGGAGAAGACGAAGAUAUUUCUGUCAGUCCUUCGCCUGCCAAGAAGAAAGCGCCAGCUCCGAAGGAAAAAGUAACCCCCACAGCUGUGCCUCCCAAGAAGCCCAAUCCGUUUGAUAAAAUCGAAAGUGAACGUGUUUAUUUUCUCAAGUUGGAACGAGAAUUGGUAGAAUUGAAUCUAGAAAUUAAGUCCUGCGUUGGAUUAGCCAAAGCUGAUCCGGAAAAAUGCGUAGAUUUGAUGGAACAAUAUCAAAAAUUAAAAGUAACACCGACAAUGUUGAAAAAGAACCCGAAUUGUGUAGAAACUAUGAAACGUCUUAGAAAGUACGUCGGUAAUGCAAAAGCUUGGAAUAUGGCAGACGAGGAGCGAAUCAAAUUUGACUUUCAGGCGCAACAAAUUCGAUCCAAGGCCGAGCAAAUCUACAGUCAAUUCAAGACAAUGUUCCCAGUUCCGGAUGGUAGCAUACCUUUCUGGGAGGCUUUUUGUGAGGAGGUUACCAAAUUCGCGCAAGCAACUAAGCAUCUGAGUCAGGAGGAGCUAUUUCUACUUGUAGACGAAACAGAUCUCAAAAAUAGUACCGACAACGAAAAGAACGGCAAUAGCACUGACGAUGCAGAUGACGAAGACGAACAAAACAACAGUACAGUAUCGAAUACGGCAAAUGAAGAAAGUGCGUAAAUUUUUAAUUGAUGAUUUCACAAAUAGGUAAAUCAUCCAUACAAUUGAAAAGGGUAUGAUUGAUUAGUUUAAAUUUUAAAAACAUACUCGCAACGUGAGUAUAUGAUUAGACUAUUCAAACACAAGAAAAUUUUGAGGUUUUCAAUGCUUUUGAGUAUUUCCGAAGAUAGUGUGACUUUAAUUAUCGGGGGUAUGUAGCACUUGUUGCAAAUAAAUUGACCACCAAAUAGCACACUUGAAUGAAGCAUUCUUUCGGACAGUGAACAUGAUUUUUAUUGAUAGUUAUUGUAAUAAAAACCAUCUUAAACGUUUGAAUUUGCUAUUUUAUUACCAAUUUUGUGGCAAUGCACUUAAUGUUCAACUUUUAAAUGAACUUUACGCGAGCAAACCAAGCUGCACAAUGUGUGUAACUGGAAGAUAUGAGACGUUCAGACGACCCAAUAAAUGUCCAUCUUUAUGAAUACCAUUCAAAUGAAUAAUAAAACUUGCAAAAAUUGAUUAAAUAGGUUUUUAUUGUGUACAUGAAAAUUAAGAAAAAAGUAACAUCCUGCUAAAAAUAAAAUAAGUUUAUUCAGUUUUUUA